AUGGAAGAAUUUGAAGAUAACCCAAGAAAAAUCAAAAAGUAUGAAACUAAGUUUAAAGAGUCAUGGUUAACUAACGAAAAUUAUAAGAAAUGGUUAGUUAAAAUAGAUGAGAAAAAAGCUAAAUGUUCAUUUUGUAACGUAAAUUUUACUGUAAAAUGGGACGGUGAAAAGGCUCUGACUACUCAUUUAAACAGUGAAAACCAUAAAAAAACUACACAGAAUUUAAAAAAUAAUUCUUUAAUGACCAAAUUUAUGAUUAAACGAAAUAGCUCGGAUGAACUUAAAGUAGCAAUCAUUGAAAUAGCAUCAAUUUACCACGCAAUCAAUCACCAUCAUAGCUAUUUAAGUAUGGACUGUGGAAUAAAAUUGAAUACUUCCCUAUACGGAGAUUCUGUUAUGGCAAAAAAAGUUCACUGUGGACGUACUAAAGCAGAAGCAAUAGUAAAAAACAUUCUCAGUCCUAAUUCAAUAGAACUAGCCAUUCAAGAUUUGAAAAUGGUUACGGCUUUUCAAAAUGGUAGUUAUUUUUCUAUUGCUAUUGAUGCGUCUAAUAAGGGUUCCCAAAAAAUGUACCCUAUUGUUGUUCAGUAUUUUCACAUUCAAAAAGGUAUCCAAAAUAAACUAAUGGAUUUUUAUGAAGAUCCAGAUGAGACAUCAUUAAAAAUUUUCGAAAAUAUUGAAAAUUUUAUACAGCAAUCAAAUUUAGACCCUGAAUUAUUAUCUGGAUUCUCUGCCGACAAUGCAUCAGUAAAUUACGGCAUUCGUAAUUCGGUCUAUCAAAAACUUCUCGAAAAACAUCCAGAAACUAAAAUAAUAAAAGCAAAUUGUAAUUGCCACGUUAUUCACAAUGCUGCUAGAAACUCUAUGAAACAAUUAACAUAUGAUGUAGAAAACUUAGUGUUGAAAGUGUACGCCGAAUUUUCAAAUAGUGCUAAGCGCGUAAAAGAACUUCAAAUUUUUUUUGAAGAAUUUGAAAUUGAAUACAGAAAAGUUCUUCGACAUGGACCAACAAGAUGGCUAAGUUUGUUUAAAGCUGUCGAUAGACUGAUAAUGUCUUGGCCUGCUGUUUCAUCUUAUUUUAAAUACCAAGGAGAAGAAAAAUGUCAUCAAGUCAUAUGGAAGUUUGUCAAAAAUAUUGACACGACAGAAAUGACCGAUUUGUCACGCAAAGUAACAUUACCAGAAUGUUUUUUGUACUUUAUUCACCACUACAUGAAUAUACUAAAUGAGGCAAUAUUAAUACUCGAGACAAAUUCCGUAACAUCAGUUGACUUACACAAUGUUAUGCAAGGUCUAAAAGAUAAAAUUGAAAAUCGAUUGAAUGAUUCAUUUUAUGGUUCAAAAGUUACGAGAAGUAUUUCAUCACUUCAAGAAAGUGAGCUAGUAAUGUUUAAAAAAGAAGCUAAUGAAGUGUAUAAAAAAACUAUUGAUUAUUUAAAAAAAAAAUACGACUUCAACGAUUCUAUUUUUAAGAUGUUUUCAAACUUUAAUUUAAAAAACAAAACAGUUGAGUAUGAUGAUGCAUUAAAAUCUGUGAAUUUGUUAGGAUUAAAAAAUAUUGAAGAAGACCGACUUUACGACGAAGUAAAAAAUGUGCAAGGAGUCUGGGUAGAGCUUUCAACAAUGAACUUAUCUUCAGACUUAAUGUGGGUAGAGUUGUUCAAAAAAAACGAUUUCACUGAACUUCCAAAAAUUAUUGGAAAAAUAUUUUCAAUUCCCAUAAGUAAUGCUUUUGUUGAACGAGUAUUUUCAUUGAUGGGAAAUUUAUGGUCCGAUGAAAGAAAUCGUCUAUCAGUGGAAAUGGUUAAAUCAGAACUCUGCGUCAAAUUAAAUUACAAUAUGAACUGUCAAGAAUUUUUGUACUUUUUAAAAAAUCCCGAACAAGAAAAAUUAUUGAAAUGUGCAACAAAUAAUAUUAAGUAUGAUUUUAAAUUAAAAUAA